CUCCUUCCAUGCUAUUUGAAAUACUAGCAAUUUAGUUUGACGCCAUUCACGUUCUAAUUUCUGAGCGGUCUGUUUUAAAGUGCGCGUGUGAUCGUUAUACCAGGGAGCAAGUUUCUUAUCUCUAAUAAUUUUUCUUUUAACUGGAGCUACAUUAUCUAAGGUAUAGCGAAAUGUCGACUCUAAAUAUUCAGUCGCCUGAUCGAGUUCUGUGGGGUCAGACGGUGAUCUAAUCGAAGUUGGGAACUCUGGGAGAUUACUGAUAAAACUCUGUUUGGUAGUUGAUGUGAAUGUACGUUUCAUACGGUAGCGCGGCGCUGUGCGUACAUUAUUACUGUGACACACUUGAAUUGAGACAAGAUCUUUUGAUCUCAAAUCCAAGCAAAAAGACACAAACUGGCUUUGAUGUUCGAACAUGUUCAGAAGGGAUCAUGUAUACAUAUUUAUAUACACAUAUCUGAACACACACUCAACUACACACAAUAGUUUAUGAGGGUUCAGCUGUCACACAUUCCUCCCAGAGCUGCUGUUUAUUUUUAGCAGGAAGGCGUGAUCCUCUGCUUUAUCUUCUGCCUGCGUUGUGUUUGGUGAGAGCAGUGUUUAUUACAGUGACGUUACGGUGUUCGGUGAGAGCGGUGUUUAUCACAUCAUCGUGAUGGGGAAUUAUAAAUCUAGACCAACGCAGACGUGUACAGAUGAGUGGAAGAAGAAGGUGAGUGAAUCAUACGCUGUGAUUAUGGAGAAGCUGGAUGAUGAUCUAAGGAUUAAAGAUGAAGAAUAUUCUGAACUCAAACACGUGUUCAGUUCAGAUGAAGCUUUUAACAAAGUGAAUCUCAGUUACCGCUCAGAGGCCGGACUGUCCCUGCUCCAUCUGUGCUGCAUCUGCGCAGGAAAUAAAAACCACAUCCGCACUCUGAUCCUGAAAGGCCUGCGAGCCUCCAGACUGAGUCGCAAUGGAUUCACCGCCUUGCAUCUCGCCGCUUACACGGGUAGUGCUGAGCUGGUUACAGCGCUGCUACAUGGUGGGGCAGAUGUUCAGCAGGUCGGUUAUGGAGCACUCACGGCUCUGCACAUCGCCACUAUAGCAGGUCGUCAUGAGGCAGUGGACAUUCUCCUGCAACAUGGUGCUUAUGUUAAUGUUCAAGAUGCCGUGUUCUUCACACCUCUGCACAUUGCAGCCUACUAUGGCCAUGAGCAGGUGUGUAAGCUGUUACUAAAAUUUGGCGCAGAAGUGAACGUUAGUGGAGAGGUGGGAGAUCGUCCGCUUCACCUGGCCGCCGCUAAAGGUUUCCUCAAUGUCAUUCGGCUGCUGAUGGAGGAUGGAGGCAAAGUGGACGUAAACGCUCCGGAUAAUGAAGAUCAUGUGCCGCUGCAUUUCUGUGCACGAUUUGGCCACCACGAGGUUGUGCGGUUCCUGCUGCAGGGAAACUUUAACGUCCAGCCGCAUUCCAUCAACAUCUAUGGGGACACACCACUGCACCUGGCGUGUUAUAACGGGAAGUUUGAGGUGGUAAAGGAGUUGUUGCAGCUCACGGGAACAGAAAGUUUAUCCAAAGAGAACAUCUUCAGUGAGACAGCAUUUCACAGUGCCUGUACUUACGGAAAAGACCUGGACAUGGUCAAGUUCCUGAUUAGCCAGAAUGCAGUUAGCAUUAAUCACCAGGGCCGAGAUGGACACACAGGAUUACACAGCGCCUGUUUCCAUGGACACAUCCGCCUCGUUCAGUUCCUAUUGGACAACGGAGCUGACAUGAACCUGGUGGCGUGUGACCCGAGUCGCUCCAGUGGAGAGAAAGAUGAACAGACAUGUCUGAUGUGGGCCUAUGAGAAAGGUCACGAUGCCAUCGUCACACUGCUCAAACACUACAAACGUCCUCUAGAAGACUCGCCCUGUAAUGAAUACUCUCAGCCAGGAGGGGAUGGAUCAUACGUUUCUGUUCCGUCUCCACUGGGGAAAAUCAAAAAUAUGACAAAAGAGAAAGCUGAUGUCUUGCUACUCAGAGCUAGUCUCCCAUCUCAUUUCCACCUGCAGCUCUCAGAACUGGAGUUUCAUGAGAUCAUCGGCUCUGGCUCCUUUGGGAAAGUGUAUCGAGGAAAAUGUCGCAACAAGAUCGUGGCCAUUAAACGGUACCGGCCCAACACGUACUGCUCAAAGUCAGACACGGACAUGUUUUGCCGUGAGGUUUCCAUCCUGUGCCGCUUAAACCAUCCGUGUGUAAUCCCGUUCGUGGGGGCAUGUCUCGACGAUCCGAGUCAGUUUGCCAUAGUUACGCAGUUUGUCUCUGGAGGAUCACUCUUCUCACUGCUGCAUGAACAAAAACGGUUGAUUGACCUACAGUCGAAACUCAUCAUUGCCAUCGAUGUGGCCAGAGGGAUGGAGUACCUGCACAACCUGACUCAGCCCAUCAUCCACCGGGACCUCAACAGUCACAACAUUUUGCUGUAUGAAGAUGGUCACGCUGUUGUGGCUGAUUUCGGCGAGUCACGCUUUCUGCUCUCCAUG